AAAGUGAAAAUGGGGUGGUUUGAGCAUAACAAGCCAUUAAUGGUCAUGUUGGUGCUUCAAUUUACAUAUGGAGCAGUCUCCAUUUCAACUAGAGCUUCUCUUUUGGAAGGAAUGAACCCUAGAGUUUUUGUUGUCUACAGACAAGCAAUUGCCACCUUAGCCAUUGCUCCUAUCUCUUACUUUUCAAGAAGAAAAACAACGAAAUGUUGUAUCGGAUGGAAGAGCUUUUCAUUGAUCUUUAUUGCAGCUUUGAUAGGAAUAACAAGUAGCCAAAUGCUUUUCUUAGAAGGCUUAUACUUGGCCUCAGCAUCAGCAGGAAGUUCCAUGUUCAAUCUUGUCCCUGCAAUCACCUUUUUUGUAGCAUCCAUUGUUGGAUAUGAACCAGUAAAUAUCCGAAGCUUGAGAACGAUCGCAAAGAUAUUAGGGACGGUUUUGUGUGUCACGAGUGCUGCUGCAAUGGCACUCAUCAAAGGCCCCAAGCUUCUAAAUUCACAGUUGCCUUUAUCAAACUCUUUAUUACUAAAUUCUAGUAGUGGAAGUGAUAAUCUUUGGCUUCUGGGUUGUUUGUGUCUCUUUGGUAGCAGUUGUUGCUGGUCAUUCUAUCUAAUUAUUCAGGUACCGGUGAAUAAAAACCAUCCUGACCACCUAUCAUUAUCUGCUUGGAUGUGCUUUACUGCAACGGUGCAAUCCGCGACAGUUACAUGGUUUACAGAUCCAAAUUUGGAAGUUUGGAAGAUUAACUCGUAUUUGCAACUUGGGUCUUGCUUAUUUGCGGGUAUUGUUGGUUCUGGAAUUUCGUUAUUUGUGCAAUCAUGGGUGAUAGAAAGGAGGGGUCCUGUGUUUUCAGCAAUGUUCAACCCUUUAAACACUGUCAUUGUCACCAUUAUGGCUUGUAUAUUUCUACAAGAAAGAAUAUACUUGGGAAGCGUGAUAGGUGCAGUUGGCAUCGUGAUCGGGUUGUAUGUGGUGCUAUGGGGUAAAGCCAAAGAUCUCGAAGAACAACAGAAGAAAAUGAUGAUUUCAGAAACUGAUGAGAUCAAAAUAAAGAUCAAGACCGUUGGAGUUUUGGUUGAUGAAUCCAAACCCCUUUUGCAUCCCUAAUUAUAAUCAACCAAACCAAUAAAUUUUGGUUUGCAAUAGAUCAAAAACAAAACAUGUUUUUGUUAUAAUAGUUUUUAAGAUGUAUUAUUUGGAAUAGUAUCUAUACUAUAUUAUAAAACAUUU